AUGCGCAAACAGUCAUAUGCGGUGUGUGUGUGUGUGUGUGUGUGGUGGUGGUGGUGGUUGCUCCUGCCUGCUUACCAACCUCGCAUGCCAAAAAGGAAAGGGAAAACGAGGGGCUGCGACGGCUGCGUUCUCGGCCAUCAGAGCAUUGGCUCCAACCCGCCACCGGCAAUGCGUGUGGUGGUGAGGCGACCUAGUCGCAUUAUCAUCAUGGUAUUACUAGUAAGGAGACUAUCUGCUGAAGAGCCCGCCGUCCUAAACAGAGCACAUCUCUCGAAGCACCCUCUCUUCUGGUUGCUACUCUCAAAGGUCGGCGCCGCUAGAUGCGGAUGCAUCCCAUCAUCGCUUCUCAUGAUAAGCUCCAGUUCCCAGCUCUUAUGUACUCGCGGCGUGAGCCACACAAUCGGACAGGCCGCACUCUUGAGGCCGGGCCCGUCAAAAAAAAGUAAGCAAAGGAAUAAAGCAACAUGGCGACCGAAACCCGAUCGGUAGACGAAACUCCUAUCGCCAAACGAACGCCCACGCCUUCUUUCGAUUCCCACACGCCCUCAUGAGACCAACCGCUGUAUGAGAUCCCACAAACCAUUUAGCACAAAGGUCACAUGAAAACAAAAAUUGAAGGAGAAAAAAAACCGCAAAACAAGAAGGGUAGGACAAACGAAAAAAAGAAUCGGUGAUGGUAUGUGGUAUCAAAACCAAGGGGAAAACAUCGGAAAAGGAGACACGGCAAGGGUUGGUAUGAGUACACACCCGCCAUCAGAGGUCGAUGACCAUGGCGGAUGAUAGGGGGGCGUUGGCGCUGG